CACGGUGUCACGCAGCAGUCCAGCCACCUGGAUGCGGACGCCACUCGUCACGGCUCCUGACUCUUUGGAUCGGGUUGUAUUUGUUCCGUUAUCCCUGCGCGGAUCACACUCAGACUCAGAUCGGUGUUCAUCUCUGCGAUGGAGCCACACAGCAACAUCACCGUGUCUCCUCCACGGCCAGCCCGCCGCCUCCCGCUGCUGACGGCUGCGACACAGGCGAGAGGACUGCACCUGUUGUCUCUGUCAGUGGCCAGAUGCCUUGUUGUGUGUGUGUGAUGUAUUUAUGGUAAUUGCCAGCACAGCUGGCUGAAGACUGCCUCCUUUCAGAGACUCAACAUUUUCAGUGUCAGCAGAUGGUGCUGUCGCUUCCUGAUGCAUCUGUCCAGCCACCAUGCAGUGUUCUUGGAAGUCCAUGGUGCUGCUAGCAUUAGCAUCGAUAGCUAUCCAGUACACAGCCAUCCGCACCUUCUCCACCAAACCUUUCAGCCUGCUGUGCUCUGUCGGCCUGACACCCACGGGCCAUGCUGUCAACUGCAGCCUCAGAGAUCUGACGCGACUGGGCCAGGAGACACUCGAGGCCUCGGACCAGGGCUGCGAUGAGCUCCUCCCUCAAUCCCCCUCCUCCCCCUCCGUCUCCUUCCCCUCCUAUAAUGCCAACAAAAGGACCCACAUCCUCAUUCUGGCCACCACACGGAGUGGAUCCUCAUUUGUGGGUCAGCUGUUCAACCAGCAUCCAGAGGUCUUCUACCUUUUUGAGCCUCUAUACCAUGUCCAGCUGGCUCUGCUUCCGCGGCUGGCACAGAGUCGGAACCUUGCUGAGAGGAGGGUGAUUCUAGGAGCUGCCAGAGACCUGCUGAGGUCCCUGUACCACUGUCACCUCAGCAGUCUGGAGAGUUACAUCCGACCACGUCCUGCCAACCACUCCACUGACAAGCUGUUCAGACGAGGAGCUAGCCGGUCUCUGUGCUCCCCCCCUGUAUGUGAGGCCCAGCUGGGCCGAGAGGGGCAGAGUCUGGUGCUGUCGGAUGAGGGGGAGUGUAUGAGGAGGUGUGGACCAAUCAAUGUAUCGCUGGCUGCUGAUGCCUGUAGAGCAAAGCGCCACGCAGCCAUCAAAACGGUCAGGAUUCCCCAAAUCAGUGACCUAAGAGCGCUGAUUGAGGACCCAAGACUCAACCUGAAGGUAGUCCAACUUGUUCGAGAUCCACGUGGCAUCCUGGCGUCUCGUAUUGAGACAUUUCGAGACACUUACCGGCUGUGGCGUCUGUGGAGAGCAACUGGACGGAGACCCCACAACCUAGACCUAGGACAGAUUAACACAGUGUGUGAGGACUUCCUCAGGUCUGUGUCCACAGGCUUGGCCAGACCUGCCUGGCUAAGAGGGCGGUACAUUCUGCUCAGGUAUGAAGACUUGGCCAGGUUUCCUCUCCAGAAGACCAGGGAGCUCUAUAGAUUCCUUGGUCUGGUUCUGGACCACAGUGUGGAGGACUGGAUCAUCAACAACACCCGAGGCAGCAGUGAUCUGUCAUCUCGGCAGAAAUUCACCACAGUUCGGGACUCUGCUGCUAAUGCGGAGAACUGGAGGGUGAAACUGUCCUUUGACAUGGUGGUUUACACUCAGACUGUCUGUCAGCCGCUUCUGGAGCUUCUUGGAUACAAGACAGUCUACCAUCCCCGAGAAUUGAGAAACCUCUCACACUCUCUGGUGGAGGACAGGACGUUCCUCCCAUUUUUUUAAACAACUGAUGACAUACAUACAAAUGUGGGUUUAAGAAACCAGCAAAACAAGACAGUGCUGAGAUUAUAUUGUCAAAGACGUCUGACCGACUGAUCUGGAUAUCGUCAUUAGGUCUGUUGUGGAUAAAGAGCUGUGUUCAAACUAUCUAUCUAUCUAUCUAUCUAUCUCAGUCUUUUUUCUCUGAAGUACCAUUCCACAUAUUUAAGCCACAUUAUGUUAAUAAAUGCAGUGCAUCUUGGUCAUUUAAGAGGCUACUGUGUUUAAAUCUAACUGAACACUUUUCUUUUUUUUAAAUUUGAAUCUCAAGUGUAUAGAUUAUGAUGAAGGUUUUCAGUCAUCCAGGUCAUGGUAAAUGUGGAUGCUGUAUCAUAGACAACCAGACGUGUUUCAAUUUGUUGACUUCUCAUCCAAAAGGCUUCCUCAGCACUAACGAACUGGAGGGGAGUUUGCAGGCUUUUACACUCGGUAUUGGUGUGUCCUUACAGAAUGACACCUCUGUAAGGACAUUCCCACACAGUUUGCCUACCAUACCACUACACUUAGAAUUAUAGGAUAGAUUUACAUUCUUGCUUGAUCAGCCAUUGUAGUACCAUGUUUCACCAAAUGGACACACAGUAUAAGAUAGUGUAAUACUGCUACCACUACUAAACUAUAUUUUCACAAUGUGUCAUUAUGAUUUUGGAACAAGAUCAUUGUCAUGUUAUGUUUUCAAUUAAUAAUGAGCAGACACACACACACACAC